UUCAGCUGGAAAAGAAAACAAACACUGCCUUGGGGGAGAAGGUUUCUUACCCCUUGGGCCUCCUACUUUCGGAAUAAUUACAGGGAUGGCAGAAAUAACUGUGGACGAGGGAGAAAUACGUAGUGAAGGAGAUUGUUUUUAAAUGUGAAACCCAUCGUUACAGUAGAAGGCAUAAUCAGGCAAUGUAUGGUCACAUUGUUUCACCAGUUUUGUAUAGCGAACGGGAACUACACGAAGCAGCCAGGCAUGGGGAUAUGGAGAAGGUGGAAGCCCUCAUCAAGAAAGGCGUCAAUGUUAAUGCUAUGGACGAGAAAGACAGAACUGCACUACAUCUAGCGGCGGGACAGGGUCACGACGAAGUAGUUCUCUGUUUGCUGGACAAUGAUGCAAAGGUUGAUUGGCCUGACAAGUUUGGAAUGAACGCGUUACUAUGGGCGGCUUGGUUUGGCCACCACAAGGUUCUAGAUGCGCUAUCAAAAGCAAACGUUACAGUUAAAUGCGAGAACAAGCUUGGUUUAAAUAUCAUUCAUUGCGCAGCAAUGCGGGGAAAUCUAGAAGUGAUGAAGUACAUUGUAGAAAAUCUCAUAGAUGAAGAGGCGGAAGAAGACGAAGAAAGUGACACCGUUGCUUUGGAUUCUACACAAAACAAUAAGGGUAAGAAGACACCAUUUCAUCUUGCGGCCGAGAAUGGCCGUGUGGAAGUGUUGUCAUACUUAAUAACUCAGAGAUGUAACAAGUUUGCUAGAACAGAGGAUGGUUGUUUAGCGAUUCAGCUUGCAGCGAAAGGUGGGCACGCACCAGCAGUAGAAUUGCUAAUUGAGCAAGAAUUGGAGGUCGAUUGUAGAAAUGUGGAGGGUAAAACAGCUCUGCAUUUUGCAGCCGAGGAAGGCUAUGCAGAUGUCGUCGAUUUGUUACUGCGCAACAAUGCCGAUAUAAAUGCCAAAUCAAAUGAAAAAACUAUGGAAAUGUGUGCUAUACAUUUUGCUGCCCUCAACGAACACGUUGAAGUUAUCCAAGUACUUGCAAACCACACUUGUAGGAUCAAUAUACGCAACGGGACUGGUAACACAGCUCUACAUAUGUGUGCUUUGCUGGAGAAAAUGAAGUCGCUAAAGGCACUCACUGAAUUAGGAUGUGCAAUCAACGCAAUCAAUAAGAAAAAACGAACAGCUUUACACGAAGCAACUGAAAACAAUUUGUGUAAUGUUGUUGACCAGUUGCUGUUAGCAGGCGCGGACGUGACACUUACGGACAAAAGUGGCAAGACAGCAAUCAGCAUCGCAGCUCGGGCAGACAAUGUCACCAUCGUCGAUAUGCUGAUAAAAGCUGAAAGAUACAUGAACAAGAAGAAAGAGGCUGAAGAAAACAACAGCAUUCCCCCUAAACCUGUGGAUCAGUUUCGCAAAGAUACGUCAGAGAAAGCUAAACAAAUGAAACCAAUUCUCUGGUCCUUAGCAACAGAACACUUUAAACAGGACGACUGGAAGAAACUUGCUUACCACUGGGGAUUCACAGAAGCACAUGUUAAGGCAAUUGGACAACAACAUACAGGUCAGACAAGUUGGAAAGAGCACACAUAUCGCAUGUUACUUAUCUGGCUGCAUGGGUGUCAGGAACAUCCUCUUCGAGAGUUGUUUGAUAGUUUAAGCGGGAUCGGCAAAGUAAAGCUUGCAGAAAAGAUUCGUAAGAGGGCAAAUAAAGAUGCUGGAUUUGCCGACAAUACCUUGUGCCUAAUAUCUUAGCAGAACGAAAGAGUCUACUUGGUCUACUUUGACCCCUCGUCGGGGAAUUUCUGGCGCCGCCCCUGAGUACAAGGGUAUUGUAAAGCGCUCUAGUCUCGUUUUUCACUCAACGCAAUGAGCAUCAUCGUUUACUUAUUUAGCGUAUUACUUUUUUUUUUUGCUUAAUUUAGUAUUCCCUCUCAUAUUUUAUGCUAUUUCACGAACUAUAUAGAAUUAAGUUAUGCCUAAUACCAAACAAAUGAAAAAAGUAUUAUUUAAAAUAAUUGAUUUGAAUACAAUGGAAGCUUUAUUUCAACGUUUUUACCUCCUUUAUAACAUAUUAAAAGUAAAACUAGCUUUUUAUAAUUAGCAGAUGUAUUUUACUUGGGAUAUUGAAUUCAAACAAUACCACAUUAAUUAAUAGGAGUUUGAGAUAGAAUUUCAUUUUUAAAAUCUAAUCUUUUGUUAAAUAACUGUACAUUAGCAAGUUACUUGUCAUGAUUUUAUGAUACAAAUAAUUUAUUAUGAAAAGCAAAACGGAUUAGUUAAUUAUAAUAAAAUGAUGUUCCAUCCACCUUUUUUUUUACAAAUAUUUGAGUAAGUACUGAGUAUUCAAUGCGAUAACACGCCAGGCUAAGUAAAGCAUCACACCAUAGUUACGGUAACUGACGUAACCUCUCGAAAUUAGUUGCUUAAAAUGUAUGUUGAUUUAUAAUAAUGAAUGCAGGCCUAAUAUUCAUUCGAAUAAAUUAAUCUGGUUUGUUUUUUGUAACUGAAACAUCAGUCAACCAGUUCUACAUCUAAUAUUUAUUAUUGAGAAUAAAUAUGUUAAUUUUUUAAACUGUAUUAUUUAACGUGUAUAGUAAUUCUAGGAAAUAUUUCAAAGUGGUUUCCAAGGGAUUUUGUUUUAAUUUCCAAUUUUAUUUAAAGAUUUGUAUUGUAUAUAAUAUUACUCAAGUUCUAUGCUAAGUGAAACCAUGUGAUAUAUAAAUGUUUAUUAUUAGGAUAACCUGAUCAUGUGUCUAUGUUUGUUGUCGCGGUAUAAUAGUUUGUAUUUUAUAAUGAUUUUUUUUUCAAAUAAUAAAAUUAUCGUCAUUAUUUCUAAAAUGUACAGGUAAAUAUACUUGCAAUACACGUUUACCACGAUUCCAC